AUGUCAUGGCAACCGAAGCUGCGCCCUAAGGGCUUCCCACAUAGCAUUGACGAUUUUGCUGUCGCUUCAUUAUCAGAACUGGAGCAUCGCUCUAGGAUGGGUGAUGAUAAACGUGAUCAGCGUGUUUUUCGUGUAAAGCGCAAGCAUGUUCUGAAAGCCUGCGAUCGAUGCCGUGUCAAAAAGACGAAGUGCGAUGGGAAACAACCAUGCAACCGCUGUUCCGUAUACAAUCAUCCCUGUCUCUUCCGCGAGCGAAAAGCAACUCAGACAAAAGUCUACUCUAGAGGAUUCGUCGAAAUGCUUGAAUCCCACCACUCCCUCGUCGUAAAAGCCCUCCAAAAACUCUACAAAUUCUGCAUAACCAACGAAGGCUUCCCAGGUGAUCCACUAGAAGAAGCACCAGACGGUCACCCCCUCACACACGCAAUACUAGACCGUCUCGGACUGAUAAAGCAGGCUGAAGAGAAUGCGGAUGAACCAGAUGAAGACUCCGAGGAUCUACGAUACCUUCGUCUUCUAUCUACUUCGACGGAGUGUAGUGCUACGGCUGAGCCGUCGCCGGAGCCGGCUACGCCGCCGGAACCUUCGUCUACGAGGAUGAUUUCAAGAAUUUGCUCCGGGCCUGUUAGGGGGAAUCCCGUAGGGCCCGGGAAUGGUGCUGCGCCUGGGUGGGGGUGGGAUAUGCAGGGUCAUGGUGUUCAGGGUGCGCCUUAUCCGAGUCCUUAUGAUUAUCAUUUGGGGAUGCAGAGGGUUUCGGGUGUGCCUGUUUCGGAGAUGGGUGAGAUAGCGCCGAAUGUGGUGGAUGUGGGGUUGGGACAAGGACAUGGACAUGGCCAUCAUCAGAGUCAUAGUCACAGUCACAGUCACGGUCAACAUCAACAACAGCAUCAGAGAACAGAGGUAUGUUAUCUUGAGCCUGAGCAGGUGGAUGUUAAGCCUGUUAUUGGGAGGAUGGGGAGUAUUAUGGAGCAUCACCAUAUGGGUGUUCAGGUUGACGGGGAUAUAAUGAAUGAGUUCCAGUUUCAUGGGGAGUCGUUUUAUCCUGGGUUUGCGCCUAAUUGGUCCUUUCCUUCGGGGUGA